GUUCAAUGAAGUUCAAAAUAAUUUUGAAAAACGUGACAUUAAAAAUUAAAAACCAACAGUUCCUCCUCCCCAGUCUUUGAAAAAAUCAAUAAUUAUUUUGAUUGGCUUUCUAUUUCUCUUGCAAGUCGUUGAAAAUGGUAAACGAAGAAAGCACUGAUGCGUCUGAAAAUCAGGAAGAACCUGACGAGUUGAGCCCGAGGACUAAGGCAUUUGCGCCGACUCUUGAGAAGGAGCACAAGCUGAAGUUUGAUAAGAUUCUAGGCAGCGGAUCGUACUCUCGAGUGGCCCGUGCCACGUGGGGCGAUAAGAAGCUUGAAGUGGCGGCGAAGGUGAUCAACAUCACUCCGACCCGUGAAAAAGAUGACUACAUCAAGAAGUUCUUGCCACGUGAGAAGGAGAUUGUGAAGCUUCUGAAACAUGACAACGUCUGCCGUUUGUAUGAAAUGAUCUCCUUCCCUGAUCAUAUCAUUUUUGUCACCGAGUUUUGUGCUGGAGGAGACUUGCUUCGAAAAAUGAAGAAGAUCAAGACAAUGAGUGAAGAGAACGCGAAGUUCACCUUCCGUCAGUUCAUCGCAGCUCUCAUGCAUCUCCAAUCAUAUAACAUUGUGCACCGUGACCUCAAGUGCGAGAACAUCUUUCUUGACAAGUACGAGAACGUCAAACUCGGAGAUUUUGGCUUCUCGCGUAUCCUGAAACCUGGAGAGAAGUCUGGAACAUUCUGCGGAUCUCGUGCGUAUGUUGCUCCGGAGAUUCUGCGCGGAAGAGAAUAUUCGGGAAAUGCGGUUGAUGUCUGGAGUACCGGAGUGAUUUUGUACAUUAUGUUGGUUGGAACCAUGCCGUUUGAUGAUCGCGAUCCGACGAGAAUGAUUGAGAGACAACUGGCUCAUAAAAUUAAAUUCGGAAAAACCUGUACAGCCUCCAUUCAUUCCAAGGCUCUGAUUUUGGAGAUUCUUCAGCCUCAUGCUCCAAAUCGACCAACUUACAAGGCAAUUUGUGAAUCGGAAUGGCUGAAGAAUCAGCCGUACUACAUGAAACCGAAUGAGCCACCGAAGCUUCCGAGUCCUUCCACAGCCACCACCACACCAACAGGACCACAGAAGCCAAAGGAUAGCAAGAGACAUCAUGGAUAAGAAGGGGCAUUUUGUGAACUAGAUUUCAUUGAAAGUGUGAUUCUUGAUUGAAAUAAAUUUUAAGAUCCA